GCCCACCGACGCCAUGGAACUGCAGCUCAGCGUCUUCGUCGCGGCCGUCGCCACCCUCCUGGCCGCCGCGGUCCAGCAGGUCCACGCGGACAUGGCCGCCAUCCAGGCGGUGACCAAGUGCGCGGAGGACAACAAAAUCAAGAUGGAGACUCUGAUGAAGGGCUGCGAGCAGACCGAGGUCGAGUCCGAGCCCGGCUACAAGUGCUUCACCAAGUGCGUGCAGCAAGUCAUGGGAGUCAUGGACGACAGCGGCAAGUUCAAUCCCGAGAAGUCCGCCGCGUUCGUGGCGGAGGAGGACAAGGCCAGCACGCUGGACGUUACCAAGGCCUGCGCCGUCGAGGCCAACGCCAUCGCCGACUUGUGCGAAAGGGCGUCCGCGGCCAACGUGUGCAUGCAGAAGAAAAACCCCGAGAUAUACAAAAAGUCGUGCAUGGCCAUUACGGAGAAGAUGAUGUCGACAUGAGACGGCAGUCAUCUGCGGACCAGCCAACAUUCUGCCGCGGCAUAGUUCAAUCAAUAAACUGGUGUUAUGACCACAUCAUCGUAAA